AUGAAGUGUUUUUUCUCCCUCAAGAACAACAAAUCUCCGGGCCCUGAUGGGUAUAAUGCCUACUUUUAUAAAAAGGCUUGGUCUGUCAUUGGUGAAGACACCACUAAGGCUAUUAAGGAGUUCUUUUCAAUUGGUCAUUUACUCAAGGAGAUAAAUGUUACCUAUCUUGCUCUUAUUCCUAAAGUGCAGAACCCCAAUUGCAUGAGAGACUUUAGACCCAUUGCCUGUUGUAAUACCAUUUACAAAGUCAUCUCCAAGCUUUUGGCAAACAAACUCAAACCAGUUCUUCUUUAUUUAUUAGACAAAUGCCAAAUAGCCUUUAUCAAGGAUAAAAGACUUAAGGACAGUGUUCUCUUGGCUCAGGAAUUGAUGAAAGGGUAUCAUAUUAGUUCCAACAGUCCUAGAUGUACUUUGAAAGUUGAUCUACGGAAGGCUUAUGACACUAUUAGGGCUUAUAUUACAUCUCCUGGUUUUUCAGUAUCUAUUAAUGGUGAACUUCAUGGUUUCUUCAAGGGUACUAGAGGCCUGAGGCAAGAGUUGUCUGGACUCUUCCCUAACCUAUCUAAGAGCUUGUUGUUUACUGCCAGUGUCCCUGAGGAUAUCCAACAGCUCAUGACAAAUUUGUGUGGUUUUGAAGUGGGAAACCUUCCUAUUAGAUAUCUUGGAAGAUUGCAGCUUAUAAAAUCCAUCCUUGUUAAUAUGAUUGGGUUCUGGUGCAGCCUUACUAUCCUCCCUAAGAUGGUGAUAAAUCAGCUCAACACUGUCCUUAGGAAUUUUCUUUGGACAGGGGUUGAAUUGAAAGCUUCUAGAGCUCAGGUUGCUUGGUGGAAUGUGUGCUCUUGGAAUUGGAAAAUGCUUCUCCACCUUAGAGAUUUGGCCAGACCUUUUAUCAAACAUGUGGUUGGGGAUGGAAAGGAUGUUUCAAUCUGGCAUGAUUACUGGCUUCCAUUAGGUCCCCUUGACACUAGAGUUGAUCAUAAUCUCAUCGCUUGUUCCCAGUGGGAAGAUUGGGCAAAGGUUCAAUGUUUUAUUAGGCAUGAGCAGUGGAGAAUUCCUACUUUGUUCAAAGAAAUCAUUCCUUCCAUAGGCACCACAGAGCAGCUUCCUAUCUUGAAUGCAGGUUCACAUGACUCUGUCACUUGGACCUUUUCCCUUACUGGCAGCUUCCAUCUAGCUACCACUUACAGAGCUCUUAUCUCUCUAUCACCGACCAUCUUAUGGCACUCUGUUAUUUGGUUUUCAAAUCAUAUCCCGAGGUAUUCAUUCAUUGCUUGGGUUGCUCUCACUCACAAACUCAAGACUAGAGACAGCCCAGCCCUGGCAAAGAAAAUCGUUCCAAAUUACUGCUCUCUGUGCCUUGCUGAUGCUAAGAGUCAUCAACACCUUUACUUCAAAUGUAGUUUUGCUUCGGAGGUGUGGAUGCUUUUCCAAAACCUAUGUGGGAUUUAUGUUGGGGAUUCUAACUUAUAUGACAUUACCAACUGGAUCGUGUCUAUGUGGAAGAAUGGAACUAAAGCUCCAGAUGCUUAUGUAUACAAGCUCUGCCUUACUACAACUGUCUACUUCAUAUGGAACGAGAGAAAUAGGCGACAUGCCAUGAAUCAAGUUGCCUCUGUUGCUUCAGUUACUAAGCUGAUCUACACUGAUGUUAGGAUCCGUCUCAUGUCCUGCAAGCUGCGUGAUUCGAAGGCUGCGAGAUCUAUUGCAGCUGCUUGGAGUUUGCCAAGUUCAGUUUUUUGUGAGGGGCAAUAG